GCAGGCGCGCUGCAGGAAGUUGAAGCGCGGGCUACGUCACUGGCAAUUCCAGAGAGGGGCGGAGCUUCCGUUUCCAGUCAAAAGCUCCUUUUCACAACAACUUGAAGUGCUUUAAAGUCGGUUUUGCGCCGAGGAGUCUCAUUAUGAGACCUUUAAAGGCUUGUUUUCAUUGUAAUGGCCGUUUCCAGGACGAAGUGUCUUUUCCCCAUCUUACUGACACUCCUAUUAAAGUGCGCUGCUGCAGCCGUUAUCCCUGUCGCUCCUUCUGUUCCUGAGUGCUACAGACCCUGUAACAAGGGAAUCUGCUCAUAUAUAAAGUGCAUUUGGAAUCCUCCGGGAGAGCGUGCGGGUCCCUCUCCCUACCGCCUGCGCUGGGAACCAGAAAACAGCGAGGAUGGAGGCAUAACUGGUGGAAGCAGUUCAGAGGGGAUUAUUAACCGUGACCAGUUUACCAGGGCUAGCAAACUCCGGGUUUGGGUGGAGGUUAUAAACAGUUCUGUCCGAUCUGAGGAGGCCGUUUACCAUGUGGAGCAUAUCCGCAAACUACCUCCACCUAUGAUCACAAAUUUUAGUCAGGAACCAUUAGAGAUCAAUUGGAUAGUGGAUCACCUGGAGGAUCAGAAUCCUGAGCACUGUGAUGUGAGAUAUCGAACAGAGGGAGAGAAAGGCUGGCCCGUCUCUCUGUACGAGAACCAAACAGCGGAUUCCAGAUAUGCAGUGAUAGAUCCCCAGCUCUUCACGGUCUACCAAUUUCAAGUUCGAUGCAUGUGCAGCCAGUGCCUGAUGAGUGACUGGAGUAAAAUCUAUAAUGUAACAAGUCUAGAAUCAACCCCAAUAGGAGAGGUGGACAUGUGGAGGGACUGUGUCAAAUCCCACGCAAGCACUGAAUGUUUUCUGACUUGGAAGAAUCUUUCUAAUUCUCAGGCACGAGGUUUCGUUUUAGGAUACGUUGUCACACGCGUGUACGCCGAUGGCACCAAAAAGCAGAUAAAUGUGUCCACAGAGGCAUCCAACCCCCUCUGGGCGCACGAUGGGAGGAUAUGGCGCCUCACGUCUUCUCUGAAAGACGUGGUGUCGGUCAGCAUAUCGGCCUACAAUGCUCUCGGAGCCACAAAUCCUUCUCUUCUGGUCCUGCCAGCGCCGGGUGUGAAAGAAAACCCUCAAAAGAUACAAGUUGAGGUGACGCAGGAGAACCUCACAGUGUCGUGGGAUCCGUCCUCUCACUUCUCCAAAGAUUUGAUGCAAUAUGUGGUUGAGUACAGAGUGUGUCCGCCCGGCCGUGGGUUUGAUUGGAUAAAAGUGGAUAAAAGCCUGAAUUCAGCUGUUUUCAAAGGUGAAUUUAAAAAAUACACAGCCUACCAUGUGUCUUUGUUCACUGUGAGAAACGACAAAGUUCUUCUACUGUCAACUGCCAUUGGAUAUUCUGUUCAUGGAGCUCCUUCCAAAGUACCGUCAUUUAAAGUCUCUUCUAUCGCCGGCACUGAAGCGACUCUGUUUUGGGAGCCUGUUCCUUGCUCCCAGCAGAAUGGCGUGAUCUUGUACUACCAAAUAAAAACGGACACACAAAAAGUUUACAAUGUGAGUGUGACCCCAGACCACGGAAACAAGACUUUCACGCUGUUGGAUCUUAAUCCGGAUCAGGAGUACACGGUGUGGAUAGCAGCUGUGAAUGCCGCUGGCCUCGGUGAAAGUGUCACCACAAGAUUCAAGACAAAAAACAGUGACAUCUCUGCAUUUUGGGCACUCAUUGGUGUUGGUACUGUUGUGUUCCUGGUGCUCACUUGUGUUACUUUAUUCUGCUGCUUUAAAAGGAACACGGUGUGCCCAUUCUUGCCUCGUUGUCUGUUUGAGAAGGAGCCGGAUCCGAGCAACAGUAAAAUCUUCAAACAGAUCCAGAUGAAUGAACCCCUUGCUUGGAUUUGCAAAACCAUAUAUGACCCCAAUCCAAAAAUUUCCAAUUUGGAAAUAGUGGAAAAGUAUUCAGAGGCUUUGGACCGUGAUGGAUUAACCAGACCAAUGGUGGAAAACAAGAGUUCUCAGUUGGACUUGAAUCAGAGCGAUGAUGUCACUCCGGAGGUCGAUAGAGCUCGAGAGGCGUACAGUAAAAUGGUCGACUCAGAUGAAGACAAUGGGGACUCCUCCAGCUCAUAUGAAGAGGAAAAAUUCUCAUCAGGUUACGAAACGCACUUCAUGCCCACCGCCAGCGAAGUCCUCGAAAUUGAAGAUUGUAUACAUGAAACAAUGUGAAAGUUGAUUUCAGCCACCAUUUCAAUAGUUUUAGAGAAUUGUUUGGAAAACAGUUCCUACAGACUGACUUUGUUCAUUUGAAAGAUCAAUAAGCUAACUGUUAAAUCCUCUGCAGUGUCAUCCUGGUGAUGGUUCAGUUCUAAACCAAAAAUGCAUCUAUAAAUAACACGUGUUCUAUACUAAAUCAAUCUCCCUAAUAGUGUGUAAAUCAAUCUUUUCGGCCAAAACAUGGACUCUGUCAGAUCUCUAUGUUGUUGUGUCUGUCACAUAAACGUUAGUAGAGUUACCUUUGUGGAUUAGAACCGGUUAUCUAUCGUUCCACACAGAUGGUAUCUGGGGAGUUUUUAGAGAAACUACGGUAAAUACGUUUAAAUUGUUUAAGUCAGCCCCGACUGACCUGUAGAGGCACAGAACCAGAUUCUCCUCAUCAAGCAGCAUCUCUGCUUAAAUAGCCCCUCCCUUUUAGUUGACUCUUUGUAUUUCUCCAAGUAUUUUUCAAGUUUUGUACUAUUUUAAUGUUUUUUUAAUUGAAUUUUUGUUUUUGAAUUGUGAAACAGUUUGUGAUUCUGCUGACUGUGCAAAAUGAAUAAAGUUUAUGUACUUUUCCAUAAA